GUGCAAAUCAUUUAGAACAUCUCUACGUGCUCGUUUCUAUAUUACUGAUUCAGUCUCUGUCUCUCUUUGCCAAUGUUUCAGUGUUUAGUGACCAUGGGAGCAAAUAUUCAAUCUUUCAAUGAAUUGAAUUCAUCACUGAGUAAUGUCAACUGCAGCCUUCCCUAUGAAAACGACAGAAUUCCACUUUUGAUUUUGUAUGGCAUUGUUCUCAUUGUGGGAGUACCUGCUAACCUCGUCACCAUCUAUCUCACUUACCUUGAGGUGCAAAACAAGAACGUUUUGGGAAUUUAUCUGCUGAGUCUGUCUGUGUGUGAUCUGAUGUAUUUAGGCACGUUACCCUCAUGGGCCAUUUAUAUACACAAAGGUCAUAUCUGGCAAUUUAGCUCUCUGGCUUGUAAAAUGACAGGAUAUAUCUUUUUUAACAACAUGUAUAUCAGCAUUUUCCUUUUGUGCUGUGUGUCUGUGGACCGCUACAUUGCUGUUGUGUAUUCUUUGAAAUCUCGAGAUCUACGGCAGAUCAAAUGGGCUGUGCUAGUCACCUCUGUGAUCGUAGUUUUGGUGGGACUGGGACACAUGCCGGUGUUCAUCAUGCCAGAGGGUGACACAGAUAAGAAGGGACUGUGCUUUGAGCCUGGCCAGAGUACAGCCACCGUUACUGCCUUCAACUAUGUACGCUUUGUUAUUGGGUUCUUGAUUCCACUGUGCAUUCUGCUGUUCACCAAUCGAGCCAUUCUGUCUAUUGUCCAGGCCAGUGAAGGUCUGAGUUUAGAGCAGAAGACAAAAGUCCGUUACCUCGUUCUGGCAGUAAUUGUGCUCUACCUGAUCUGCUUUGCACCCUAUCACAUUAUUCUUUUGCUACGGGCUGUCAGUUACCAUUUCUCAGCAAGAUCCUGUACCUUUGUCACAACAAUGUACUCAUCUUACACUAUCUCUCUGGGACUGUCCACUCUUAAUAGUGCUAUGAACCCAAUUCUGUAUGUGCUGGCCAGUGACAACAUGCGCAAGGAGAUCUGCAGAAGCACGUGCACUUGCUUUCUUUCUAGACAAGAGACAGGACCAUUUCUGUCAUCACGAGAAGAUGAACAGAAAAAUUUUACCUGGCUGAGGUCAAGUGGAGGGACACACGAGGUUUUAGUGGACAAAUGACAUGUAAAAUUAAACCAUGUGAAUUAUGUUUAUUUGAUCAAACUCUGAUGACACAUGCAUAAGCUAUGUACAUUUUGUGAUUUGUAUAUGUUUGGAAAGACCCUUUUUAUGCAUUAUCUGGGGACCCAAUAGGAAAUCAGAGUGAAAAAGAUAAAUGUUUUUCUUGCCUGCCUUUGACCGUGACAAUUUAGGAAGUAUUGUUUGAACAUUCAACAAGUUUUGGUGUUCCAUUUUAACAUACUGUAAGCAUUUGAAUACCCUUAUUAAUGUCAGAUAAACAGUUUGCCCCACAAUUCUGUACAUUCCACUGCCUAGCUGCUACACCUCGCAUAAAAAAACAGACAUUGUUUUUUUUAACAGGAAAUGCUUUAAUGUACUAAAGGAAACAAACUUUUUUUCUAGAAUGAAUUUGCCUUGCAUAUGUAAGAAUUGAAUCAUAAAAUUGAGUUUCAAAAUUCCACUGUAUGAAACAAGCCCUGCCUUUGUAUCUGCAAUGUGUUGUAUAGAUGAUCAAUGAAUUUUUUUUUACAACCCUGCAGAUACAGAUACCUGCACUUCUUUUUUUUUUAUUUAGUUUAACAAUAGACAUUUCUUGGGUCUUUCAUUUCAACAAUUAUGGCCAUUAUGUUUUAUACUUAUGUUCAAGUCAUGUUGCAAAAUAAUACUUUUACACUUACAGGUAUUUCAGAAAAUUAUUUAAUUUAAGUAAAUAAAUAAGUGCAGAAUGAAGCCUACUACAAUAUUUCACCAACAAGGAUAGGUAUAUUUCUCAAAAUCAAAUAAGAUUGCACAGGCAAAAUGAACACUUAAAAAAAAGAGCAGUUAAAAACUAGCAAAAGUAUUUUCAGUCUUUAACUAUUCAGUUUAAAUUAUCCAGUGGUCCACUGUAGCUUCAGUCCCUUGUUCUUUGAUGACAGUAGUGUGACCUGACUAGGAGUAUCUCCUAAGUAUCUCCUGACAUGUUUUAUUUUUAGCAUGGUUGGAGAAAGUGUUUAUCUGAGUUAUUGUAGACUUCCUGUAUACAUGACUCACUCUGUGUAAGCACUACAGACUGCUUUGAAAUCUUUUCAUAAUUUUCUGAAAUACUUAAACUAGUUUGUCUGGCACCAACAUCCAUGUCAUAGUCACAGAGAUCACCUUUUGUGAUGUUUGAAAUAAACAACUCUACAUAUGCAUACAGUG